AGAUCGCUUCCCCUUCUUGGCUUCCCAUUGCUCGUUGGUGAUUGGUGAUUGAUGGUUCGCUCAAGCUAUAAAAUGCGAUGUCAUUUCGGAGCAAGCUCAUUCUUUGGUCGUUGGAAGUGAAGCAGCAGCAGCAGCAGCCAGCAGCAGGAGCAGAAGAGUAAAAAUUCUCUUUCCCGACCACCAGUAACGUCGGCGGUGUAGCAGCAGCGGCGGAGCCACGAGCGGAUUGCGUGAAGCGUUGUAGCAGUGUUGUGAAACAAUCUCUGUUCGACCGUCGGCAACGGCAGCAGAGCCUCGUGUGUUGGUAGUGUAGCAUCGACGGAAGAGCCACGAGCGGUUGGCGUGAAACGAGGUGAAGUAAACUCGAUCGGUGGAGCAAGCAGUGCAGCGCUUCGAAGAAGUAAGCAUUCAACCAGAAAUCAAUAGCCCUUUUUAGGGCUGCGAAGUUAUCAGAAAUAAUUUGACGUACAGUUAUUAGACAUAAUUUUCCACAACGGUCCUUUAUCAGGGCCAAGAUUUAUCAAAUUAAUUUCUCCGUCGUUUUACCAGCGGUGAUACCGGUUCUCGAGGAACCAUGUCCGGUUACGACAAUGGCGCAGCGGGUAGCGAAGCCGAAUCGGAGGCUCAAUCGGAGGCGAAUGUGUUGAGGAUUAAGAGACGGAAGAUUACGAGAAAAGUGUUGGCCGACGAAUUAUCCAAAGUGAAGGCCGAAUUGGAGAGAACACGUUUGGAGAAUGAAGAGUUGAGUCGGAUGUUAGUGGCCAAAGAACAGGACGAAGAGGAAUUCUGUGAAGCAAGGUCAAGUACAAUGCGCGAAUGUCCAGCCGCGGCAAACGAGACGCUGCUCACCACGAUGAAUGCUAUGUCGCUGAGUACGCUCAAUAUUCCUGAGUGUGCACCAACAGCGGGCGAAUCAGAACUAACCAAGCGCGACUACAAUCACUGGAAGAACGUCUUGACCGCAUCCAUGCAUCUCAUCCAAGCUGUCGAUGAAUCCACGAAAAUCUAUCUGUAA